UUGUGGAUUGGACUUUUGAACAUCGUAUGACGAAACGAACGACGAGGACAAGCUGAGAAAGCUAUCAAUAAAGUAAAAAUCAUUCAACAGAAAGACGAAAAGUUCAGAAAUUUAUUGUUUUUAUCGAGUGGGACAGUCGUACUGGUGUUAUAUUGAGCUCCUUCCGAAGCAAACAAUAUGUGUUAAAAAGUGAACAAAAGUUAAGCAAAAAUAAGGGGGACAAUUCGUAAAUAUACUUCAAAACUAACAACUUCGUAAAAAUGUCGAUCAUGGAUAGAAUCAGACAAUCAUACUGGAUAGAAAACGUCCCAAGGCGAAACAUAAUUGCGACGCUUGUGGCGUCUUUCCUGUUCUUCAGUGGAUGGUGGAUUGCGAUCGAUACCGCUUCGGUACAUCCCAAAUCAUGGGAUUUCUCCUACUACAUCUGUGGCAUACUGGCCACAAUCAGCUUUUUCAUGGUUAAUUCAAUUUCGAACGAGAUGCUUCAUGGUGGCGCAGCCUACACCGGUGGUGUUCUUGGUGAGAGCGGCAUCAAGGUGUUCCUUUUCAUUGGAUUUGUACUCGGUUUCGCUUCGAUCAUUGCUGCCAUCUGGAUUAUGAUUGCGGAAUUUGCUACUAACACCGACAAGCUGGAGAAGGGACCAGGUUAUGCCCUUCUGGUGCACAACAUCUUCAUCUUCUUUUCGUCACUGAUCUACAAGUUUGGUCGUCACAGUGACGAUCCGUAUGCCGCUGGAAUCUUCUAAAGAAAAUAGAGAAUUAUUUCUGAUUUGGUUUGUGUAUUGCCAUCCGUGUUUGUGAUUAUGCGCUAUUUUUUCCGUGUCCACAACUUACCGAUGAGUUAUUUGCUUAAUGGGAGCUGCUUCAGAAUGAUUUACACUCAAACAGUGGAUACAACGCGGUGAUAUCUCAUAUUUUAGUGUUAAUUUUCGUAUCAAAUUAAAUUACUAAACAUAACUCACGAACACAUCCACGGGAGGUUUGAUUUACCAUUUAAAGCGAAGGUGAAAGAGCUUGAACAAAUAUUUGAUCGACAAACAACUGUUCAGCUGUAACGAUUUAAUUUAUGGAAAAUUAAAAUAACAUAAUAUUGCAAUAUAAAACCGAUAUUUUGAUUUUGAAACAUGUAUAAAUUAUUGCAGUAUGAAAUAAAGGAAACACAUAAUAGUAAA